AUGACCGGAAGAGCCAGAGUGAAAACCCGAGGAGUCUACAGAAGUUCAGAAUCUAGAGUAUCUGGGCAAUCGCAGUCUUCUGACUUGCCCAGGAGUCAUCUUGCUGUGAGGGACAGAGAAGCCGCAACCAGCUCUGGUGUCCUGGGAAUUAAUAAGAUUCCACAGAAAUUCGAAGAAGGCAUAUCUGCUGGAGAUGGGGCCGAAUGUACUCUUGUCCAAAGAGGAGGGAGAGCCCACAGAAAUUUUCUGGAAUUGGGAAUCCACACCAGAGAGAAGUUGGAACAUGUCAAAGACUGUAAAACAGGUACCAGUGGUGCUCCGGUGAAAUUGGUCACUAACAUCUUUAAUCUAGCCUUGCCCAGAGAAUGGCAUCUCUUCCAGUACCAUGUGACCUUCAGUCCUGAUUUAGCAUCCAAGCGACUGAGAAUUGCCUUGCUUUGCAGUCACAGUAAAUUCCAGAAAAAGGCCAAAGUCUUUGAUGGUACCAUACUUUUUCUGUCAGAAAAGCUAGAUGAAAAGGUCACAACAUUGUCAGGUGAAACUAGACCAGGCAUUUGUGUAACAAUUACUGUUACAUUAACCAGUGAGCUGCCAUCAGGUUCCCCAGUGUGCAUUCAGUUUUUCAAUAUUAUCUUCAGAAAGAUCUUAAAGAAGCUGUCUAUGUACCAAAUUGGACGGAACUUCUAUAGCCCUUCAGAUCCAGUGGAAAUUCCUCAACACAAACUGUCCCUGUGGCCUGGAUUUGCCAUUUCUGUCUCCCAGCUUGAAAAUAAGCUCAUGUUUACUGCCAACGUGACUCAUAAAGUCUUACGUAAUGAGACAGUUCUGGAAUUCAUGACUGAUCUGUAUAACAGAAAAGACAAGUCACACUUUAUAGAAACAUGUGAGAAGGAGUUGCUGGGAUCUGUUGUUCUCACCAGGUACAAUAACAAAACUUACCGGAUUGAUGACAUUGAUUGGUCUGUGAAACCGACUGACAGCUUUCAGAAACGUGAUGGCACCAGUAUCACCUAUUUUGAUUAUUAUAAACAGCAAUAUGAUAUCAACUUGUCUGACAUGAACCAGCCAAUGCUUGUUAGUCAGUUGAAAUGUAAAGGAUUUGGCAGUGGGGAAGCCCGGAUUGCUCACCUGGUUCCUGAGCUCUGCUAUUUUACAGGUUUGAGCAAAAGAAUGACUUCAGAUUUCCGCUUGAUGAAAGACCUGGCUACAAAUACUCAUCUAAACCCUGUUUUAAGGCAACAGAAAUUAUCUAGACUUGCUGAUAACAUUCAGAGGUAAUUUAUCUGGAAUAUAUUGUUUUCUCUUUUGCCUGUAAUCCAAGUUUUAGCAUUACACUUUCUGCAGAAUGGUUGUGAACAGUCUUGAAUACUUCCUGGUUAACACUUUCCAUAGAAAAAUAUAGACCUCUGUCAGCCCAUGUCUGCUGCUAACUGGUCGAGGGACAUGCGCAACUGCAAGCUCCUGGGAGCGCGGGCUUUGAACAACUGGCUGAUCGUGUGUAGCCACAGAAAUGAAGAUGUGGCUGAGAACCUCCUGAACUGCUUGAGAAGAGUGAGCAGUCCUAUGGGAUUUCACAUUGAGAAGCCCAAAAUCAUAAAAGUACAAGAAAACACAACUGCAUUUAUACGAGCACUACAACAGCAUACAAAUCUUGACCUACAGUUGGUAAUGUGUAUCCUUCCUUCAAAUCAGAAGGACUGCUAUGAUUCAAUUAAAAGAUUUUUGAGCCUGGAUCAUCCAGUCCCAAGCCAAUGUGUUCUAGCUCGAACUCUGAUCCGGCAGGGAAUGAUGAUGAGUAUCGCCACGAAGAUUGCAAUGCAGAUGGUUUCCAAGCUUGGAGGAGAGUUGUGGGCAGUAGAGAUACCGCUCAAGUCGCUCAUGGUUGUUGGGAUUGAUGUCAACAAAGAAGCAUGCAUCAAAGGACAUUCAGCAGUCGGAUUUGUAGCCAGCAGCAAUUCCAGAAUUACUAGAUGGUUUUCCCGUUGUAUCCUUCAGAACACAAAGACGAAUAUUGCAGAUUGUUUGAAAGUUUGCAUGAAAGGAGCACUAGACAAAUGGUACAGAUAUAAUCAUUGUUAUCCAACACGCAUCAUAGUAUAUCGUGAUGGUGUUGGGGAUGGUCAGCUACAGACCAUUAAUGUGAAAUGGAAACCUAGAGCCAUCUUUUUAUCUCAUUCUUCUCUUUUUUUUCUCUCUGUCAUUCCAAGCCCCAAAGUGUCAGUGAUUGUGGUGAGGAAGUCUUGCAUGCCCAGAUUCUUUACUGAAAUGAACAGCACACUGCAAAACCCACCACUGGGUACCGUGAUAGAUUCAGAGGCAACACGUCCUGAAUGGUAUGAUUUUUACUUGAUCAGUCAGGCUGCUUAUCAGGGAACUGUUACUCCAACAUAUUAUAAUGUGAUCUACGAUGAUAAUGGAUUAAAACCAGACCACAUGCAGCGGCUGACCUAUAAGUUAUGCCAUCUCUAUUACAACUGGCCUGGCUUAAUUAAGAUCCCAGCACCAUGUCAGUAUGCUCAUAAACUGACCUUUUUGGUGGGACAAAGUAUCCACAGAGAACCCAGCAUGGAAUUAGCUGACUAUCUUUUCUACCUGUGA